GAAUAAAAGGAAUAUUGGAAAGACUACUACCAUGCAUAAUAGAAUUUCUACUUCUGCAGUGGAAUAACAGUGGAGCAGUAGGUAAAAUGAAGUGCUCCCUCUACUGCCUACCACUAAAAAAAAAGUAGAAAGAGAGCCAUUGAUCAAUCGCAUUCUAACCUAUCAGGGACAUAUCUUGGACCAGUGUGACACUGGUAGCAUUCGACAUUGCAUUCAAGCAAGCAUGCAGUUGUGCAUGGUUUUCACCAAACAAUUGUCUGCUCAUUGAACUCUGAGUCCUUUUGUCUUUACAUUCCCACCAUUAACAUCAUCAGUUACUGUCAGCAGAGGCUGAGGCCAGCAGCAGCUAAAGAAGGCUUUGAUGGUUGCUUGACUCUGCACAAAGCCUAGGAUCAUGCAACAUUUUCCGACACAUGGAAUGCAAUGUAGUUUUAGUGUGCUGCAAGCAUCUUCCCUGGCAUUCAAUGGAAACAUGAAGUCCUAUCAGAUUCCCUUGCAUGGAUUCUUGCCACUCUUUUCUUCUUCUGCAAAUUGCGCUUAUAUCCAACUUGCAUCUAACAAACACUUUCAGCAUUUGUUGAAUCAAAUGUUGGUGAGAUAUAUUUCUGUAAUGAUCUGAAAAGCAUGCUCUAUAUUGUCCCCUCACACUCCACAGUUAUCUGAAUCCAUAUAUAUCAGCAAACUACUUUUGUUCCCCUGGUUAAGACAUUGCAUUCCUUGAUGUUACUACACUUUGGUCUCCUAAGGAAACCGCUACUUCCUCUUUUCAGCUUUACCUGCUCAUCCCAGACAAAUCAAGCUGCCCUCUCCUCACUUUCUCUUUUUUUUAGCUUGAAUCAACAUAACAUGCAUUGUUUUCCCAAGACUUGUUCCAUUUGUGACUUCCUAGAUGAAACUAGCCUUCAGCAGUCUUUAUUCAUUGCUUUUAUCAUCUUUGUCAAAUCAUAAUUGGUAAAUAUGCAGCUUGAAGUCCAUAAUAAUUCUUACGGAACGAGAGCUAACCUAGGAUUCUACAUUAUUCCCGGAUGACUUAAAACCACCUUAUAUGAGCAGCUUUAAGCACAGAGUGCAACCAGUUGUGAUCCUUUUCUGUGUCUCCUCCUGAUGCCUGAGCCUUUAUCUUGACAGUAAGCUCAGGGAAGACCAGUUGACUGCAUUGUUUUCUUCGAGCAGGGAAGCGAGGAUUGCAUUGCAUGAGACGUUUGUGAGGCAAAAGCAGCACUCAAUCUUGGGAGGCUUCACCAGGGAUUCCUGAGCAAACAGUGCAGUGUGUCCACUUUAAUACACCUGGGAGCUUUCAAGCUUUUAUACCCCAAAAAAGAAGAGAAAGAGAAGAAGCAGGACUUCACCUUCUUGGAUUCUCUCUGAAGCCCCUCUUCUUCUCCCUGAAUUUAAUCCCUUCUUCUCCUCUUUCUCAGAAGCCCCCUCCAUGGCUAGUCCCACUGCAAGAGCCCUUCUCUUGCUCUCCUCUCUCCUGCUUUCCCUCACCCCUCCUUCCACUGCCUCUCUAAGGAAGCAAGCUUCCGUCCUGAUCUCCAUCAAGCGGUCCUUCCACAGCUCAGAGUCUUUUCUCCCCAGCUGGAACCCGUCCAACCAUGCAUCGCUUUGCGCAUGGGAUGGCGUCCGCUGCGACGCGGCCAUGCAUGUGGUCCUCGCGCUCGAUUUGUCCAACUUGAACAUCUCCGGCUCCCUCUCCCCGGUGAUCGGAGAGCUGAAAGGCCUUACUUACCUCUCGGUCGCCGGAAACAGCCUCUCCGGUCUGUUCCCGUCCAGUGUCGGGAAGCUCGCGGGCCUCAGGCAUCUCAACGUCUCCAACAACCAGUUCAACGGCACCUUGAGUUGGAGCUUCUCGUACAUGGCGGAACUGGAAGUCUUGGACGCGUACAACAAUGACUUCUUCGGGGCUCUUCCUGUCGGCCUCUCCAAGCUCCCGAAGCUCCGGCAUUUAGACCUCGGAGGGAACUACUUCUCCGGCACGAUCCCCGCGGCCUAUGGAGGUUUCAGGGCUUUGAGCUACCUCUCAGUUGCAGGGAAUGAUCUUGGCGGCUUCAUACCUCCCGAGUUGGGUAAUGUCACCACGCUGAAGCAGCUCUACUUGGGCUACUACAAUGAGUUCGAUGGCGGAAUUCCGGCCGAACUCGGGAGCUUGAUCGAUCUCGUCCAUCUCGACCUCUCGAGCUGUGGAUUGGAGGGGGAGAUCCCACCGGAACUGGGAAAUCUCAAGAAGCUGGACACGCUCUUCCUGCAGACGAAUCAGCUCACCGGCACCAUCCCUCCCCACCUCGGCAACUUGAGCAGCUUGCGGUACCUCGACAUCUCCAACAACGCACUCACCGGCGAGAUCCCGAAGGAGUUCGCGGAGCUGCAUCAGCUCAGCUUGCUGCACAUGUUCAUGAACCGGUUUCAUGGCGAGAUUCCAAGGUUCGUCGCCGAGCUGCCAAAUCUGGAGGUCCUCAAGCUGUGGCAGAACAACUUCACCGGUGCGAUCCCGGCCGAGCUAGGGCGAAAUGGCAGGCUCCGAGAGGUCGAUCUCUCCACCAACAAGCUCACUGGAUCGGUCCCGAGAUUCCUCUGCUAUGGCAGGAAGCUAGAGAUACUGAUCCUGCUCAAAAAUUUCCUCUUCGGUUCACUGCCGGAUGAUCUCGGAGAUUGCACGACGCUCUUGAGGGUCCGCAUGGGGCAGAACUACUUGACUGGGUCUCUUCCAAAGGGUUUCCUCUACCUACCGGAGCUGUCUCUGCUGGAGUUGCAGAACAAUUACCUCACCGGAGCCAUGGCGGAAGAGACCGCCAAGAAGCCUGCGAAGCUCGUCCAAUUGAAUCUCUCCAACAACCGCCUCUCCGGGCCCCUUCCGUCCUCUAUCGGGAACUUCUCGUCGCUGCAGAUGCUUCUUCUCAGCGGCAACCAGUUCACCGGGGAGCUGCCGUCUCAGCUGGGUGUUCUUAAGCAUGUUCUCAAGAUAGACGUGAGCAGGAACAACUUCUCCGGUGGAAUUCCCCCUGAGAUUGGUGAUUGCAUCUCGGUCACGUACUUGGACCUCAGCCAGAACGAGCUCAUCGGACCGAUACCAGCUCGACUAUCUCAAGCUCGAGUGCUGAGCUAUCUAAACCUGUCAUGGAAUCACCUGAGUGAGAGCAUCCCGCAAGAUAUCGGAAGCAUGAAGAGCCUCACUUCUGCAGACUUCUCGCAUAAUGACUUCUCCGGCAGGAUACCGGAAACCGGCCAGUUCGCCUACUUCAAUGCUUCGUCCUUCCUCGCCAACCCCCGGCUCUGUCGAUCAGCUUCAGAUCCAUGCAGCUCGUCAUCCAAAGACCAGCAUCACGGCGUCAAGUCCCAGCUCCCUGGAAAGCUCAAGCUCCUCUUCGCGCUGGGUCUGUUAACAUGCUCCUUAGUCUUCGCAAUCACGGUGGCCAUCAAGACUCAGUCGAUGAUGAAGAGGAACUCCAGGUCAUGGAGGCUGACAGCAUUCCAGAAGCUGGAAUUCACGAGCGAAAACAUCGUCGAGUGUCUCAAAGAGAACUGCGUCAUCGGCAGAGGAGGAGCAGGGAUCGUGUACAGAGGAACGACGCCCAACGGCGAGCAGGUUGCGGUGAAGAGAUUGCUGGGGAUCGGCAAGGGUUCCACGCACGACAACGGAUUGUCUGCAGAGGUGCAGACUCUAGGCAAGAUCAGGCACCGGAACAUCGUGCGCUUGCUCGCCUUCUGCUCGAACAAGGAGACGAACCUACUGGUGUACGAGUACAUGCACAAUGGGAGCUUGGGAGAAGCACUCCACGGGAAGAGAGGUGGGUAUCUGAAUUGGCCAAUGCGACUUCGGAUCGCAACGGAGGCAGCCAGGGGACUGAGCUACCUGCACCACGACUGCUGUCCUCCGAUUCUCCACAGAGAUGUCAAGUCCAACAACAUCUUGCUGGAUUUAGAUUUCGAAGCUCAUGUUGCAGAUUUCGGCCUGGCCAAGUACUUGAGGGACACAGGCGCCUCCGAAUGCAUGUCAGCCAUUGCUGGUUCUUACGGCUACAUUGCGCCAGAGUAUGCAUACACGUUGAAGGUGGAUGAGAAGAGUGAUGUCUACAGCUACGGGGUUGUCCUCUUGGAGCUCAUCACCGGCAAGAGGCCCGUGGGGGACUUGGGAGAGGAAGGACUGGAUAUAGUGCAGUGGGCGAGGAUGAACACCAACUGGCACAAAGAAGGGGUGGUCAACAUCAUGGACCGCAGGCUGAUCGAUGUCCCCAUGGAGGAGGCGAUGCAGGUAUUCUUCGUCGCCAUGCUCUGCGUCCAAGAGCACAGUGUGGAGAGGCCCAAGAUGAGGGAGGUCGUCCAAAUGCUCGAACAGACAAAGCAGUCACACUAUGCUCGGGCACACUGACUUGCCUUGGGCUUCUGUUGACUUGACACUAGUCAUGUUCAUCAUGGCUUCUGGUCAAGAUUGGGGUAGAUUUGUGUGCAUAAUCAUUUACUUUUGUAACAUCCCUAAGGAGACAAUUUUCUUUGAGCUCA